UGGCAAUGUCUCCUUGGGCCGGGCUCCUCUCCACCACUGCCAGAGUCAGCCUGCUGCUGCUGCUGGGGUCUGUGCUCUUCUCCUGCUCCAGCCUGAGCCACAGAGUGCCUGAGUUUGCCCUUACAAAAAUAGAAGAGAGCGACAUAAAAGAUGACAGUGGGAAGGAGCCGGGGACAGAGGAUGACGCUGAUCCUGAAGACCUGGAAGUGUUUUACCCCACAGAUCAGUGGCAAACCCUGCCUCCAGAUAAUACACAAAAAAUUGUUAUCCCAGGCUGUAUCUGGAUGAGCUGGAGCUGCGAGGAGGUUGCACAUGGUGAUGGUUUUACAGGUGGAGUGAAG